CGAAAAGCAUGGGUAGCGGCAAUUAAGCGCAAAUCAUUUGAGCCGAAUGAACAUAGCCGUGUGUGUGAGAAACAUUUUCGGCCAGAUGCGUUCGUUAUGGUGCCGUCGUUAGCUAGAGCAGCUGGUUAUGACCGGAUCACGAUGAAAAGGGGAGCUGUACCUACAGAGCAUUUAGUGCUGUCGGAUUUACACUGUCGGAUAACAGCAGCGAUUGUGUUUAUGGAAUGGCACAGAAAAAGCCAAAUAAACAUUGCAGAAGUGUAGCAUUUGCUAAACGAUGUAACAUUGAGCUUAUGAAACAGAUGGAAGAAUCCGCAUGUGCCUCAGCUGAAAAUAAUGAUACUGCAUAUGACGGAGACGGUGAAUUCGAUAAUGCUGCUGAUGAUGGUGAAAACGAGAUUCAGAGUGAUAAGUUAGAUGUCGCCGUCCAGUGCAGGUUUAGAGUGAAAAAAAGAUCAGCAUAUGUCCAGACGAAGCCUACGGUGAAAUCCGUAGGAAGCCAAACAGCUGUCGUUAUGGUCGACCAGGGAGUGCAGUGUACACUCAUGACGGAAUGCCAUUCAGAAGCUGAACAGGAUGAAGAGGAGGAAGAAAUUGGCGAAGACAUGGAUGAUCCUGAAGAGGAUCCAGAUUAUGACCCUCUAACUGAUACCCUGGAUAACACAGAACUAGAUGAUGAAGCGGUCAUGGUCAUGGCAGAUAAAUUUUGUAUCGUAUAUGGGUCAUUGCUGACUGAGCUACUGGAGCAAUGCCCAUCAUGCCAAUUCAAGUGCUCACUUGUGAGAUAUGCUGGGACCCUCAACACUGUUCGCCGGACAUGCACAAUGGGCCACACUAGCAUAUGGAGUAGCCAGCGGAGGAGCAACGACAUGCCGCUAGGAAACUUACAAUUAGCAGCAGCCAUAUUUUUUAAUGGUUGCAGUGCAGCGAAAACUGUCCAUAUGCUGACAUCUGUUGGUAUUUGCUGCAUUUCUGUAAAUACGUACUUUCGAUUGCAAAAGGCGACAAAAUAA